AUGUCAUCAAUCAGUUCCAUCACUUCUUCAGACCCGAUGUCGCUGCCAGCUAGGAUACAGGUGGAUAUAUGUACAAUACAAGAUGAAGAGCGGCCGCAACAAGUUGGUGGAGCUACUUUUAACAUGUGGUACCUCAACUGGUCUGGUGGAGGUGGUGUAGACUCAUCAGCCACUGAUUCAUUCACGCGAUCUAAACACAGAGUGAACAUAAUUCGAGAUCAAGGGUAUACCAGAGCAGGAGAUACAUCCCCUGUAUGUCUAUUUUUCAGUAGAGGGUGUUGCUACAUGGGAUCCAACUGUACAUACCUCCACAAUCUACCAAGCAAGACAAAAUUUCACAACCUGGCCAAAGAUUGUUUUGGAAGAGACAAAACUGCUGAGUAUAAUGAUGAUAUGGAUGGUGUGGGGUCUUUUAAUCAUACAAACAAGACUUUAUACAUUGGAGGAAUACAAAUGAGGCCAAAUAUCGAAGAGUUGGUGACUAAAAAUUUUGAAGAAUUUGGGGAUAUUGAAAAAGUCAAGGUUAUAUACAACAAGAAUUGUGCGUUUAUUACCAUGAAGACAGAAGCUGAUGCUCAGUUUGCUAAAGAAUCAAUGAAUCGACAGUGCUUGAUUAACCCAGAGACCAAUAGCAGCAAGAGUAAAGAAGUGCUACAUGUACGAUGGGCUCAUCAAGAUCGAAAUCCAGAAGCGCAAAAACAAAAUAAGCGCAAAAUGGAGGAGUUGGCAAUGGAUACAGUUAAGGAAUUGUUGAAUAAUGAAACCACUAAACGAAUCAAGAUGGGUGAAGAUCGGACUGUUGACAAGUCACCACUUGAUGUGGCUGAGACUGGAGAACUUGACAACGGUAAUGAAGAGGACGAUGAUGAUGAUGGUGAAGAAGAAGAUGAGCUGGACGAUGAGGGCGGAGAAGACGAUGUUGUACCGGGUAUAAAGCCAAAUGGAAAUGGUAUACUAUCGCGAGGGAAAAUGCCUAUAAAGAAUAAGGGGCCAGCACAAAAUGGCACCAGUCAUCAACAUCAACAUCAACAUCAACAUCAACAUCAUGAACAUAAUGGUUAUCAUAAUGGUUAUCAUAAUGGUUAUCAUAAUGGUCAUCACAAUGGAGAUCAUCAUUCGCAUCAUUUACAGCCUCACAAUUACAGCUAUGAUCCAGUUAGAAAUGGAAACAGCCACAAUCAUAAUGGAAGUAGUCGACAUCAUAGUGUUGGUGGUGAGACUAGUAAUAGUGGGGGUGCCACUAGUGAUGAAAUAAGACAAGAUUUCUUCGAAAGACAUGGAUUAGUUAACCAAUCAACACUCAAAGACUUGGCCGAAAUAAAGAAAAAAAUGAAACUUGCCCGGCAUGAACCCAAUUUAGUCAGUGUGUUGGGUAAUUAUUCAAGUGAUGAAGAUGAUGACUAG